ACGUAAAAAUUAAGCAAAACUGCGGAAUGGUCAAUUGGGAAAACCCCCCACUUCGCUUUCCCCCGUUUGGCAAAAUUGCCACAAUUCUGCGAAUGGCUGUUUCGCCAUUCCCGAGACGCACGAACGGAUGAACGGAUGAAGUACAAACGUAUGAACAUAUGAAGUACGAACGGAUGAACGUAUGAAUGUUUGCAUUUGACCAUUCCGCGCACGAAAAGGAAAUUUACCCUUAUUUUUGCCUGUAGCACUGCGAAACGCGCAAACGUGCUUUUUUCGAUGAAUUGGGAUUCAUCGUGCGCGCAAAGUGAUCAAGCGGAAAUGUUAUGCGCAUAGGCAUCAUUUAUGUGGCGUAUGCCGCCUAUGCGCGCGCACGAGGUGGUUUGCAUGCUCUGAACUUAUAUGCCUACAUAUGCAUACCAUACGCAGCGCGCAAGUGCAUGCGGCAAAAUUUGCCUUCCCAAAAUUCCGCUUUGUCGAAUUGAUUUUUUAACAUUUUGCUCGUUCGUUGGAAGGGAACAAAUUCGUUGAAAGUUUUAAAAACAGCAGGGGGAGAGGGAACAAACGAAAGCGACGAAAAGGGAGAAAAGUAAGGAAUGUUCCAAUAGGAGAAGCAGAAAAGUGACAAUAGUACAAACUGCCAAAGCACAAACGUGCUAAAAGGGAGUUAUGCAAAAUCGCGAACUGCGCGCUUUUCACGCAAACUUUUUUUUUCCCCUCCGCAAAAAGAAACAUGUCGACCGUUGAGGAGUUGAAGUUCAUUUGGAAUUUUUUAUUUUCGGAUAUAACGUCAGAAAAAAAAGGAGAAGAAAUAGAAGAAGAAAAAAAAUACGAAGAGAACAUCAUUUUGUUGAAAAAAUUAAUGAGAACGGAAAACAUAAAGUUUGAACAAAAAUAUAACGCCUGCAACAUUUUGGAAAAAUUAAAAGAGGUGAAGGAUGUUAAGUAUGAAGAUAUUUUAAAUCAAUAUGGAAAUAAUUUUUUAAAUUUUUUAAAGCAAUCUUUUGAAAAUGUAGCGGAGGAAAUUCAAAUAAAUGAAAAAAUAAAUUACAGGAGGAAUGAGCUAAUAAAACAGGAUUUAAAUAAUAAGCUGCAAAAUGUCAAUGCUAACUACAAUUUGGAGUACAUUAAUCUGAACAAAUGCCUAGGAACGGAAGAUUUUGAAAAUCAGCUGAAUGUAAGCUUAAAAUUUAACUCCCUAAAGGAUAUUUUAAGCAAAUUGUUAAUAGAAAUGAAGGAGCACGAAAAUCAGUAUAACAAUUUAACAGAAAUGGAUAAAUUUUUAGAUGUCAAAAUUUUUGAACUUGAAAAUUAUUUGAGUAAGGCCGGGGAGGAGAAUUCGUGAAAAAAAAGUUAUGGAGAAGAAUGGGCCAUCACAGCAGAGUCCACGGAGCACUUUCACAACACGGGAGAAGUAAAAUCAUUGUAUAGUGGCAGUACGUGAAUAUGUACAGAUUGGAAGAACAAGUCGGGCGGAGUUUAUUUCUGUUUAUGUACCUUUGCCGGUGAGAGCAGGCCACAUUGAGCCCCAGUGCACGCGAAAUGGUGCCAGGAUGGUUAAAAGGGAAAAUAUCUUAUCCAAUAUAUAGCACAUAUGUUGAGGUUAUCGAAUGGAUCAUAUAAAAAAAAUUUUUUUCCUUUAAAUUUCAAUUUAAAUUUGUUUUAUUUAUCAUGUAAAAUAAAAGGAUUUAUUUUGAGGAAGCAGAAUUUUUCUUUUUUCUUUUUUUUUUUUUCCUCCGUCCGAUUUAUCUUACCAUUAGCAUUAUUUUUUGGAAAGCUCACGUGGGGUUACUGGAAAGUAAUUUGAUUUGUUAUUUUGUUUCUUUGUACUAUUCCCGCCAGUUGGUUAUGCUGUUAUUAUGACGCUGUUAUGGUGCUGCUGUAAUGCCGUUACGAUGUUGUUAUAUUGCCAUUAUAUUGCCAUUAUAAUAUCAUUAUAUUGCCAUUAUAAUACCAUUAUUAUACCAUUACAAUACCAUUAUUAUACCAUUAUAAUACCGUCAUUUCUUCUUUUUUUUGUGCUUGUUAAAGAGCUACUUAAUAUAUAAAGCCAGUGGGGCGCGAAUAAUAAAUCAACGAAACAGACUUCUACAACUUUUUUAUGUGC